CAGGCCCUGCCCCUGGGCUCUGCGGGAGGCUGUGGGCUGAGCGGGUCCGGGCCGACGCACACCGGGCCGGGCAGGAUGUCGCGCCAGGCCGGUCGGGGCACCGAGAGCAAGAAAAUGAGCUCGGAGCUCUUCACUCUGACCUAUGGAGCUUUGGUCACUCAGCUGUGUAAGGAUUAUGAGAACGACGAAGAUGUCAAUAAACAGCUUGACAAAAUGGGCUACAACAUUGGAGUUCGGCUAAUAGAAGAUUUUCUGGCCCGGUCCAAUGUAGGUAGAUGCCAUGACUUCCGGGAAACUGCAGAUGUAAUUGCAAAGGUGGCAUUUAAAAUGUAUCUGGGCAUCACCCCGAGCAUCACUAACUGGAGCCCAGCAGGCGAUGAGUUCUCCCUCAUCUUGGAAAAUAACCCUCUGGUGGACUUUGUGGAGCUGCCUGAUAACCACUCAUCUCUUAUUUACUCCAACCUCUUGUGUGGGGUGCUACGAGGAGCCUUGGAAAUGGUUCAGAUGGCCGUGGACGUGAAAUUUGUCCAGGAUACGUUGAAAGGAGAUGGUGUCACAGAAAUCCGGAUGAAAUUUGUUAGGCGGAUUGAAGACAAUCUCCCGGCUGGAGAGGAAUGAGCCACAGCGCUGUCUCCCCAUGGGACUGGAGGGACCAGCUGCUGUGGCCUAUAGCUCUUGUCAGGGAUUCAUAGGGAUUUAGUGCCCCCUUUAAAUUCCAGCUCCUAAAGACUCACUGACUGUUUAAGUUGUUACAUUUCCAUUUUCCAUAUGAGACAACUCUCUGGGUUACUCUGCUUAUCCCACAGGCUCAUUCUAAAGAUUUUCAUAGGGUGGAUGACUUUUUCAUACGACCCACAGAGACUCUUUCUACACUCAGUUUUUAGCUGGAUAUUCAGCUGUGGGCAAAGUUUGCUCCUUAAGCGCUAAAAGAUCUCCAGGCGAUUCAAGUAUGGGACUGAGUUUCAUAACCAAAAGAGAACCCACCACGGGAGCUGGUUUCUUCUUGAGACACAUGCAUGCUCCCACUGGGGCUUGUGAGGGCUAUGCUAGGCUUGCCGAUGGAGGGGGUGAAGCAUGUGACUGACCGGGCAAAGAAUGAAGCAUAUAAAGUGAAAGGAAUGGGAGCGCCUAAUGGAGCACAGAGUAGGUCCUACUCGUUCCAGCUGUGCCUCUUCUCACUGAGGACACAGUAUCUGCUGUUAAAACUCUGCAGUAGGCUCAUGGAGUGAGAAAGGGAUGGCAGAGCACUUCAGACCAGCCCUUUUUGUCCAAAAUAAAGCUUGAGGGCUUUUCAGUGCAAAUGAUCUGCAUCCAUUUGGGGUAAGGGUGCUCUUGGGUGAGAGGGGUUUGGUGGCAAAGCGAACUUCUGGUUUGUCAGGGACUGUAUUUGAGGGUCAGCAGCAUCAGGCUCUUAGUUCAUUUCACAGAACAGAAUUUCAGUCGCCAUAUUAGAACCCCGAGGCUCUCACUUUUGCACUAGUCUUAUGAACAUUUCCAGUCUCUGCUGAAAAAAGUAGCCCUGGUUAGCUUGCUAUGAAUAUUAAAUAUUGUUCUCCAAAAUAUACACUGAGAUACUGCACUGAUCUCAGUUUCUUAUUCAAAGCAAACUACUCAUAGCUAAUUCUGAGUUUAAUAAUUAAAUACACAUACAAUUAAAACCUUAUUAUCUUACGGAUUAGCCAGGGAAGGCUGCGUUAGAGUGUAGCAUCCUAACAGGAGACUGGGUGCCUUCCUUUAGAGGAAAAUGGUAUAAAGAUGAAGAGCAUAACCAGCAUCUCGGGAGAGGCAAGAAUUUUCAGUUUUUCCUCCCAUAACGGUGCUGCUAGGAGCCGAUCCUGUGGACCAAUCUUGUCUGGGUAUAUUGUGCAGUGGUGGUGUUCUGACUCUGGUAUAUGAUAAGGUUCAUAGGGGGACAAGUAAAUUGCAUUAUAAUGCCCUGAAUAUUUUUAAUAGAAAAAAUAAAUUACAGUGGCUGAAAUGCAUUCAGCAUUUCAUAGUGUGUACAGCCUGGAUUUUAUUUCCACUGUCUGACAAUACGUAGAUAUCAAAUCUAAACAGUACAAAGUACUAAACGCAUUUCAGCCAAUGUAAUUCCACUUUCCUAGUAUGAUGUAGUAAUACUCUGCAGUGUGAAAUGGGGCUUUGGUACUUUCUGUUGUGCACAGUUAGAUUAAAAUAGAAGUUUCCACAUUAUUUUAAUUGUUAAGGUACAGCAAUUUAUAUCCUCUGCUCUUGUUUGGAAUAACUAAAUGAAUUGAAGCAGUGGUACUGGGUCUAAGAUAAACCAAGAGGCUGGAAAAUUCACCCCUUUUGACACUUCGUUCAAAUGAAAAAUUCAAUUGAACAUUCAAAGUGCUUGGAGGAUGAAAAGCAUUUAAGUGCGACGUUGUAAGAGACAAAUUUUAAUAGGCAUUUUCAAAAUUAACCCCUCUGGGACAUGAGUUGUGACUACCUUAUUUCAGCCUUAGCCAGGAAGUUGUGGACUGGAUUGUGCAGACAAAAGUCCCCUUUUAUCUGUAGUUGAUGGAUGUUUCCAAGUUGAAGAUGAUGAGCACACACUGAAAGAUGGUGUGAAUGAAGCUUGAGCUGCUGCCACCUCUGCUGUAUCUGUUCUAGGGAUAGACGCUGCCAAUCUGUCGCCUUUCACUAGCCUGAAGUGCCCUUUAGUCCACUUCUGUAAAAUCCUUACUGUAAAAUCCUUUACUGGGUAUGUCUGUGACCCUGAAAAGCUCCCCUUCUCUGAGUCACAAAUUACCUUGGAGUUCAGUGCAGUUACAACUCUGAGCAAAUCCUGCCUCUUUUACUUGAUUCCAGAGGGCAAAGGUAGGUAUGGUUAUGAAGUCACCAAGUUCAUUUCACCCAGUCAGUGAGUGGGGUGCAGAAGGGGUUGAAAGGGAACUGUCUAGAUUGUGAAUGCUCUUAUUGUGUAUUGGUCCAUCUCCUGUCUUAUUUAUAUCCCUCUGUGGGAUGCCAGUUCCUGUUUUGAACAUUGAGCUGUCUGGAAUGUCACCCCUUGUGGAAUUCCUGCCUCACUCAAGUGAAUUCCGAUAGGGUUACAGGAGUCGAAUGCCCAAAAUAGUAUUUUGCAGUUCUCUCUUAAGGGGGCAGUAAGAGUCUCUAUUUAAAGAGUUGCAUUGACAGAGCUGAUGUUGGGUGUACAAUUGCAAUGUGGUGUUUCAAAGGUGUGUAAGGAUCACUCAUUUGUUUCCCUUUAUUGGUCCUUGUAAAGCAUUUUAAGGCUGCAUUUUAAAAGCCAUUACAUUAAAAAAAAUCCCAAUGAUGA